CUGUACAGUAUACAAUGGUCGCAGUGCAUAUCGGAAUAUACCCUAUGAUUGAUCGAACAAACCUUCAAACCUUGAACAUAGUGGUUAAAUUCUCUUUGUACCCUACAUUCUUGAUUCUUGCUUGAUUCUGUAAACAGUGUAUCGGUCCCAGUUACGUCUUACUCUUUUUGAAAAUAAAUAAUAAGUUAUUUGAAUGUGAUUUGUGUACUAACUAAGACUUUAUAUAAAUAUUAAAUAGCUAUUAUUGUAAACGUAGUUUUCAGCCAUUGAGGAAGAUAUGGCUAACAGUAUUGUGGAAUAUUUUGCUGAACAUGAAAAUUAUAAAUGUGGUUACUGCAAGAAAACAGACACCAAUUUUGCUCAUGGAAUGUGGGCCCAUACUAUGAGUGUAGAAGACUAUCAAGCACUUAUCGAUCGUGGGUGGAGACGGUCCGGAAAAUAUUGUUAUAAACCUACAUUAAAUAUUAUUUGCUGCCCUAUGUAUACUAUUCGUUGUAGAGCACUUGAAUUCAAAGCUACAAAAUCACAAAAGAAGGUAUUGAAAAGGUUCAACAAAUACCUGAUGGGCGAGGAAGAAGUUCUUGGAAAAAGUAAUAGAAAACUUUCUGAAUCUAGUGAUGAUAUGAAGCUAGACUAUUGUGGAGGAGGUGAUGAAUUUGUAGAAAGCAAGCAAAAGCCACAGGAAUUAAGUUUCGAAGGAGUUAUCAAGUAUAUAGAUGACCAAAGUACAGAUCCAAGUGAUAUAUAUUUGUGUGAUGGAACAGAAAAUUUAAAUGAAUCCUCAUCCUCUGGAGAUGUUGGUCCUUCAUCUAGUCAUGAUUUAUCUUUGACAACAGAAAGUAUAAACAAAGUGAACGAAAUAGAGAACUUGACUCCAGGGCCUAUGUGUGCUUCAUCAAGUAAAGAAUUGUCUGCAUCAACUACCAAAGAAAUAAAGAAAGGUUCCGGCCCUGAUCCUACAAAGAUGCCAUGCAGAAAAGCAAAGGAUAUAAGAAAAGAGCGCAAACUAGAAAAACUUAAGGCUCAAGGAAAAGAUAUAACUAUAUUAGAGAGCAAAGCAAAUACCAAUGAAAAAGAUUUUGAGCUCUUCAUUAAGGAAUUGCCGGCGGAGACUAAACAUCGAUUAGAGAUUAGACUAGUGAGGACUCAGCCGCCAAGUGAGCAGUGGUUGCGGACCGCGAAAGAAGUCCACAGAGUAUAUGUUAAAUAUCAGAUGACGGUACAUGGUGAUACUGAAGAUAAAUGCACAGAGGACAAAUUUCAAGAGUUUCUAGUACACAGUCCUCUUGUAGAGGAGUAUACAAGCCGAGGACCUGCUUGUGGUUUUGGUUCCUUCCAACAGCAGUAUUGUUUGGACGGCAGGAUAAUAGCUGUGGGAGUGAUUGACAUCUUGCCGAAGUGUAUCUCUUCCGUUUACUUCUUCUAUGAUCCUGAAUACCGGAAUCUGAAUUUGGGGACUUACGGUGCGUUAAGAGAGCUCGAGUUCACAAGACAUCUGCAUACUCAGUCCGCAGAUCUAAAAUAUUAUUACAUGGGCUACUAUAUACACUCUUGUCCUAAAAUGAGAUACAAGGGUCGCUUUUCGCCAUCAGACCUGCUCUGUCCUGAGACGUACAAAUGGUUUCCGCUGAAUGAUUGUUUGCCGAAGCUAGAAGCUUCCCCAUAUUCAAGACUUAAUCCAGACCUUGAUGCGUUGGAUGACAAUUAUCCGAACAGCAGAGACAUCAACCACAUACAGGUUCUGUACAAAGGCUCCGUGUGGCUAUUUGGCGCUUACAAGCGGAAACAUUUGAGAAAUAUUGAGAAAAUCGCAGCGGUUAUGGAGUACGCUAGUUUGGUUGGAGCUCGAGCGGCGACGAGCAUAGUACUGAUAGGGUCUACAAAGAGAUUCAUUUAAAUACUAACAAUAGAUCCUUGUCCUAUACUUGAUGUUAUUGGUAUUUGAUGUGAAUAUACACCCUAGAGCAGUGUUUCCCAACGUGGUAACGGCCCAGAGGGGGGCAAUUUGAAAGUUAAGGGGGAAAUUCAAAAAGUACUCGACAUGAUUUUAAUCCUAAUGUUAAGGUCGGGCAUGGCCUAAAAAAGGUUGGGAAACUCUGCCCUAGAGGUCAGGGGUGGACAAUCAGGUUGUGGGGCCCCGGGCUAAUACUACUCAGGGACUUGUCUAACUAAUCAAUUAAUUAGGGAACGAUGGCUGGUCCAUGUGUCAACUCGUGAACGGGUUGCUGCUGCUUGUGGUUCCAGGUUGACCUGUUAUAGUAAAAAAUCAUUGUAUUUGUUGGAUGCAAUUACUAAUUAUGACAGUAAUCACGACCAUCGUGUUCACGAAGCAUCCUUACACAAACAAUGAAUUCAAGAUCUAAAGGUUGGAAUCCAAUAUACGAUAAUUUAUAUUUAUUCAGUUUAUUAUUUAUUUUCAUUCCUUUUUAUGAAAUAAUUUAUAUUAUUUAAACACGAUUCAAAUAUUGGAUGCAGCACCUUACAAACUAAUUAGCUACGUUAUAUUACAGCCAUUGUAAAAUACUCUAUUUGAUUGAAAACGGUGGUCUAUGUUUCUUGUAUGUUCUUCUCACAAGCUCAACUUUUUCCGAACAUAUGGUAAAUCCAGUUAUUUAAAAGAAAUAUUUAUAGUGACUAUACAAAAGCGUUUAGUUUAACCCUAAUUCAAUUAAGUUUAUUUGACUUUGUUUAAAUAGGUUUUAGAUAAUGUUUCGACAUGGAAGAGGAAAAAGAUGACCAUAAAAAUAUAUUAUAUUUAUUUAGUAUGAUUUAAACAUACAAACUGUACGAUAUUAUUGUAAAAGAAAUUUAUUUUAUUUUGUGUAGUGUAUUCUUCAUAUUGUUGAACUUCAGUGAGCGUUAGGGCCCUUUUAUAUUAUGUGUGAGGCCCUAAAUUGCAUCCAAAUUAGCUCUCAUAUAAAUCCGCCCCUGUACAGAGUUGUAUUUUUCGCACUGACCUCUACUAUAUACCACUGGACUGGUGAAUGUAAAAGUGCUUUUGUGCCUGUUUGAUAUUCGCCAUUUUGGCGCUGUUGGCUAUAAAGUGAGAGUCUGCGGUACUAAAACUAGUGCUGACAACCUCAACAAAAAUCGAUAGAUGGUGGGAAACUAUUUACAAAAAAUAAUUGUGUACUAUUACGUUGAUUCUUCAAGUAUAAAUAACACCAAAAACGCACUAAAUAAAUUCGAAAUGCAAAAAUAUUUCAGAGUAUUGUACGUUCCUUCGCAGCCAUUUGUAUUACACGUCAAAUUAGUUCUCUGGACACUCGCGAGUGGCGCUUCAAAUAGGCACAAAAAAUUUGCUGUCAAACAUAUGUCCAGUGGUAUUUAUACAGGUCUGGGAUUUUUCGGCAGCGCAGUAAUAACAGUUCACUUAACCGGCAAAGGUAUAGGAUAAUGUUCCUAGAUUAGUUAUAGUCUAGGAGCUAAUAUAACUUUUUGUGAACAUCGAAUAAGGUUUUCGAAUCUUUCCCUGCUAAAUGAGAAAAUUUCUGAUUGCAGACAAAAAACAAAGUUAUGAUGUCUGCCUUUAUUGUACUGUCGAAAAUAAUUCAGUCUUGAAUAUCUGAUCCCCCAGGCGAUCUCUCGUUUCAUAUUAUAUAUAUUGUACUUACCUAUGUAGUAAUGUUGAACGCGUGUCCCACCUAGUAUUGUAAUUCAUCAUCAUAUUAUGUUAGCCAAUGUUCGAUGUUUAGUCCAUCGGCGCAUGAGUACCGAAAACUAUUACAUCUCAAUUUUUUUUGCGAUCCUCUUCAAAUUACUGAUUUAAAUGUAUGUUGCCAUGUGCCCCAUUUAAUUAUCUACAAUUUGUCAAGUCUACAAAAGUUAUUUAAGCAUGAAUCGGAACACGUAAUAACUAUUGUAUAAAUAAUUUAAAAAAUACACUAUUAGUAUAAAAAAAUUGAGGUGGAAUAGUUCUCGGUACUUAUGCGCCGAUUCCUCGUGGACUAGUAUGUAUAGAUGUCUAUUUAUCUGAUUAAAUCAGUAACUAAUACACUUA